AUGGAUGAGAUCGCCCCCGAGUACGACGUGGUGGUGCUCGGCACUGGCCUGACCGAGUGUGUGCUGUCUGGUGUUCUGAGUGUCAAGGGCAACAAGGUCCUUCAUAUCGACCGCAAUGACCACUACGGAGGAGAGGCCGCCUCCGUCAACAUCGAGACUCUUUUCAAGAAGUAUGGCAACGUCGCCCCCGGCGAGGAGCCCUGGAAGAAGUACGGAAGAGUCAACGACUGGAACAUUGAUCUUGUCCCGAAGCUGUUGAUGGCGAAUGGCGAGUUGACCAACAUUCUGGUUUCUACCGACGUCACGAGAUACCUGGAGUUCAAGCAGAUUGCUGGCAGCUAUGUCCAGCAGGGCAAGGGACCCAAGGCGACCGUGGCCAAGGUGCCCUCAGAUGCCGGCGAGGCCCUUCGCUCUUCUCUGAUGGGUCUUUUCGAGAAGCGACGUGCGAAGAAGUUCCUCGAAUGGGUUGGCGAGUUCAAGGAGGAGGACCCCUCUUCUCACCAGGGCCUGAACAUCCACGCUUGCACUAUGAAGGAGGUUUACGACAAGUUCAGCCUCGAGGACAACACCCGUGACUUUGUUGGACACUCCAUGGCCCUCUUCCCUUCGGACGAGUACAUUAACAAGCCUGGUGCGGCCGUCGAGACUAUCAACCGCAUCCGCCUCUAUGUCAACUCUAUGGCUCGUUACGGAAAGUCGCCUUACAUCUACCCUCUCUACGGUCUCGGUGAACUGCCCCAGGGCUUUGCCCGUCUGUCCGCUAUCUACGGUGGUACCUACAUGCUGAACACCGACAUCGACGAGGUGCUGUAUGAAGGUGGCAAAGUUUCUGGCAUCAAGGCCACCAUGAAGGACCGUGAUGACCAAUCGACCGCUAUGAAGUUCGAGACCAAGACCAAGAAGAUCAUCGCUGAUCCUUCUUACUUCCCCGGCAAGGCUAAGGUCAGCGGAUACCUGCUGAAGGCCAUCUGCAUUCUGAAGCACCCCAUCGACAAGACCGACGGCAGUGACUCGCUGCAGCUGAUCAUUCCCCAGUCCCAGGUCGGACGCAAGCAUGAUAUCUACAUCGCCAUGGUCUCCUCCGCUCACAACGUCUGCCCCAAGGGCUACUACAUUGCUAUUGUCUCGACCAUUGCCGAGAACGAUGCUAACCACCACAUCGAGCUCGAGCCUGGUUUCGAGCGCCUCGGCGCUAUCGAGGAGAAGUUCAUGGGCCCCGCCAUCCCUCUCUAUGAGCCUCUGGAUGAUGGCUCAAAGGACAACAUCUUCAUCUCCAAGAGUUACGACUCCACAUCCCACUUCGAGACCACAACCGAGGACGUGCGGGAUAUGUACAAGCGUGCCGCUGGCGAGGAGUUGGUGGUCGAGGGACUCCGGGAGGACCAGCAGCUGGUCCAGGAGUAG